AUGAAACUCCGUUCUGGCAAUUUAUCAAUCGCAAUAUCAUGUUUUCUGUUCACAGACCAACUCCCACUAUUUACCUUGUCUUCUUUCAAACUCAGGGAAGAUCUCGUAGAGCUUCAGAGACCAUACCCUGAUAUCGCUUGGAUUCAGGCGUUUUUUGACUUUGAAACUACAGUCGGCAUUGCAUCUGGCGUGUUCCGCCUUGUACCACUCGCAGAUGGCUCAUGGAAGGCUCAUACCGUCUUCACGAACCUGGAAAAUCUCAAAGGUUUUCCAGAACAGAAUGGGCCCAGACGAGACUACCAGCCAAACCAUGGAAAGUGGGCCGCGAAGUGUGCACGUGAAAUUGAAUGUAUCGACGAAGAGCCCAGCGUCGUAGUCAUAGGAGGCGGGCAGGGUGGGCUCGACGUUGCAGCCCGGCUUAAGAUGCUUGGCAUGAAGACUCUAGUAGUGGAAAAGAACGAGAGAAUUGAUUGGCUAGAAUCAUAUGCACACAGUAUGGAGCUCGACGUUUGGACCAGCGCUACGGUCAUGUCCGUCAUUCCGGGUACGAAGGGAAAGAAAUGGAGUGUCACGGUCCAACGUCCUGACAGAGGCGAGCGUACCUUUGAGGUCAACCAUGUCGUAUUCUCCCUGGGCUUUGGCAGUGGUAUAGGCCGAGUUCCAGAUAUCCCAGGGCAGGACGACUUCAAGGGGCAGAUAUUGCAUUCCAGCCAUCACAAUCUUGCAACUGAUCACGCAGGGAAGAAGGUCGUCGUUGUUGGCGCUUGCACGUCUGCGCAUGACAUAUGUGCGGACUAUGUCGAAAAUGGCGUUGAUGUGACCAUGGUUCAACGUAGCCCGAGUUACAUCAUGUCCACAAGGGAGGGGAUGCCGAGGUUAAUGGCGAUCUUCUGGGAGGGCGGCCCUCCUACUGAUGUCGCGGAUCGCGUGAAUGCGUCUUACCCAAAUUCAUUGCUCAAAUUAGUACACCAACGUGUCACCAAAGACAUUGCUGAUGCAGAUAAGGAGCUUCUUGACGGCCUGCGAAAACGAGGCUUCAAGACAACUUUGGGCGACGACGACUCUGGCUUUCUACUUAUGGCAUGGAAUAAGGGAGGAGGAUACUAUCUCGACGUUGGAGCUUCACAGAUGAUCAUCGACGGGAAGAUUAAACUCAAGAGCGAUGGGCCAAUCUCGCGCUUUACCCAGACAGGUUUACUUUUCGAUGACGGUUCUACUCUCGACGCGGACGUAGUGAUCUUCGCAACUGGCUACGCUGAUGCACGUCAUGCCUAUCGUGCUCUGCUUCCGGAGUCCCUGCAUGAUAAAAUGUAUCCUAUCUGGGGCCUUGACAAAGAAGGAGAGCUGAAUAGCGUCUGGCGCGAAGUUGGUGGGCGCAGCAAGAACGCGGAACUCAAUGGUAUAUGGUGCAUGAUGGGGAACUUGGCGCUUUGUAGGUUCCACUCCAAGCAUCUCGCAUUGCAAAUCAAAUCAUACGAAGAGGGGAUUUUCGGGACAAGGUAUCAGUGA